UGUUUUGGAGCAGUUUGUUGAAAUGGAUAUUUUAAGAGACGAAGAAGUCCAGGAGCUGAAAUACAAACCAGGAGGCCGUUUGGAUAUGAGCCAUGGCUUCCUGCACCAUAUCCGGAGGAACCAGAUUGCUAGAGAUGAUUAUGAUAAAGAGGUGAAGCAAGCCAAGGAGCUUCAAAGGCGAAGGCACACCACAACCCCUAGGCGACCUCGUCGACCUGACAUACAAGUGUACCAUCCAAGACGAAGACAUGGUUCAGAGCCAGGGGUCAGUGCUGAAGCUGAAGAGUGGAACGAGAGUGGGUCAAGCACAGAGACUGAGACUCAUGGGAAUGAACUUUUCUGGCUUGACUACCAGGCCGACUCUGGUACCGUUACAUCCUUCCUUGUCCACAAGGAGGAUAAACCUGAGAAGGUGGUGGAACGUGUUGCAGAAAAGAACAUCUUGGAUUCAACCAUGAGGGCAGCUCUGGAGGUUCGGAUUCGAAAGGAAAUGGACAAAAGACGAGACAAACGCUGAGUGAUAUCAAAAGCAACAGUAUGAUGACAAAGAGGUGACAGGGGAAGACCUGGCGCUAAUUUUUCAAGUGCAGCUCUGUGAUCCUUUAAAGCAUUAACACAGUGCUGGAGGAAUAAUCAGGAACUGGAUUCCACACACUGACUAUCAGCAGAGAUCCAGUAUAAUGUCCCACAAUCAAGUCUGAGAGGG